GAGCCCUGGAAGCCCGGGCUCGGCUUCCCGGCUCCCGCGCCCUUGCAUGCUGCAGGGCCAUCACCAUCCAAGCAGCCUGGGCCGCCACAGCUGUCCCCAGCGGGGGGCGGGGAAGGACGCGGAGGGGUGCGGCGGUCCCUGGGCGGUGCGCGGCGGACGCUCGGCCCCGGCCUCGGCUAGCCUGAGCUCUGCCCUGCGCCCCUUGUCUGCGCGCCUCCCCGAGUCCCCGGCCGUUCCCCUGUCCUCUCCUACUGCCAGCGAACGUCGCUGUUCCUCCGGACUUUGCCGAGACACCGACAGGCCAGCGAGCAGCUCCGGGGAGGACACUCCAGCUGACCCUCCCGGAAUUCCCUGCCCCCGGUGACCGAUCUCGGAACCUUCGCGCUGCGUUUUGGGUCUUUGUCUCCCUGGGGACGCCGCACGGCCUGGAGCGCGCCGGGGACCAUGGAGUUCACGGCAUCCUCCAAGCCCCAGCUGUCCUCCCGGGCCAAUGCUUUCUCCAUCGCGGCGCUCAUGUCCAGCGGCGGCUCCAAGGAGAAGGAGGCGGAGAGCACCAUCAAACCCCUGGAGCAAUUUGUAGAGAAGUCGUCCUGCGCCCAGCCCCUGGGUGAGCUGACCAGCCUGGAUGCUCAGGGAGAGUUCGGCGGGGGAGGUAGCAGCAGCCCUUCUUCCUCCUCACUGUGCACUGAGCCUCUGAUCCCCACCACCCCCAUAAUCCCCAGCGAGGAAAUGGCCAAAAUCACCUGCAACCUAGAGACCAAGGAGCUGUGGGACAAGUUCCACGAGUUGGGCACAGAAAUGAUCAUCACCAAGUCUGGCAGGAGGAUGUUUCCCACCAUCCGGGUGUCAUUCUCAGGCGUGGAUCCUGAGGCUAAGUACAUCGUGCUGAUGGACAUCGUGCCAGUGGACAACAAGAGAUACCGCUAUGCCUACCACCGCUCCUCCUGGCUGGUGGCCGGCAAGGCCGACCCCCCACUGCCUGCCAGACUCUAUGUGCACCCUGAUUCUCCCUUUACUGGUGAGCAGCUACUCAAACAGAUGGUGUCCUUCGAGAAGGUGAAACUCACCAACAAUGAACUGGACCAACAUGGCCAUAUAAUUCUGAACUCCAUGCAUAAGUACCAGCCUCGGGUGCACAUCAUUAAGAAAAAAGACCACACGGCCUCACUGCUCAACCUGAAGUCUGAGGAGUUCAGAACGUUCAUCUUUCCAGAGACCGUCUUCACGGCCGUGACAGCCUACCAGAAUCAGCUGAUAACCAAGCUGAAAAUAGACAGCAAUCCUUUUGCCAAAGGAUUCCGGGACUCCUCCAGGCUCACUGACAUUGAGAGAGAAAGCGUGGAGAGCUUAAUCCAGAAGCAUUCCUAUGCCCGCUCGCCCAUCCGCACCUAUGGAGGAGAAGAGGACGUCCUGGGGGAAGAGAGCCAGACAACCCCAAAUCGAGGGUCAGCCUUUACCACAUCUGACAACUUGUCGCUCAGCUCCUGGGUAUCAUCUUCUUCCAGUUUUCCUGGAUUUCAGCAUCCACAAUCCCUGACUGCUCUUGGCACCAGCACAGCGUCCAUAGCGACACCCAUUCCGCAUCCCAUACAGGGUUCUCUGCCACCCUACAGCCGCCUGGGGAUGCCUCUGACCCCAUCUGCCAUUGCCACCUCCAUGCAGGGGAGUGGCCCUACCUUCCCUUCCUUCCACAUGCCAAGGUACCAUCACUACUUCCAGCAGGGACCCUAUGCGGCCAUCCAGGGACUGCGCCAUUCCUCCGCCGUGAUGACACCCUUUGUAUGACUCUUCCAGAAGUGGAGCAUCUAGAUCCAGAAUGUGCAAGUUAGAAGAAUCUUCUGAGAGGCAAUACUGACCGUAUGACAAACUGCAGUUCAUUUCUACUUAUGGGAAGUGGAAACCCAUAGAGAAAUAUUUGUAGUGCUAUACUUAAGCAUGUUUCAUUUCCUUUACAUUAGUUCACCAGGGAAGGAGGUGAAAUCAUUCUGAUGCGUCCUGUUGUGUGGAUGAAGAUGUGGUGUUGCCUUCACCAAGCUCUUCUUGCAAUACCGAUGGACCUAUGCUCAACCAACUUGGUAUUCAGUCUUGUCUUCUUCUGUCCAAUCCCCUCUGCCUUGCAGCUACUUGCCAGUAAUAGAGGAAAACUCUUCCAAAUACAGUGCUGAAGCAAGGAUUGUCUGUGUUCCUGUGCAGAACUGAAGUUUGCACUCUUCUGAUCCAUCCACUGAGGGCACAGCACAGCCUCUGUGUGUGAUGUGUGGGGCUUGCUUCCUCUCACAGCUGCAAUAAAAGAUAGCUGCUCUUUUCCAAAGGAAUUUCUCUGCCAUGGAAGCCUAAGGCCCUUCCAGGUCCCCUUUAGCUUUGGGUGACUUGACUGAUGUAAGAGUGAAUUGGGCCAAAUUCUCAUUUUUGAUACAUCUGCUUUGUUGCCGCUGCCACUGACCAAGGGAUUUGAGAAUGACCAUUUCGAUGCCUGGAUAGCCACAAUUCAAUGUGCGCUCAUGAGCAACCAUUGGCUGCGUAGCUAAUUCAUUCUGUUUUCUUACUGUGUUGCCAUUUUUCUAAGUUCCUAAUAUGUAAUUGCAUGUUAAUUCCAUGACUGCCUGGCUGACAUGUUGGCAGUUCUUAUAAGUAAAUUAAAGCUUUGUCCACUUUAUUUUUAACUAGUGAUAUCUUCUUAAGCAUUCUUUGUGUGUAUAAUAAUAGUUAAUUAUAGUUUAGUUCUAUAAGGUUCUAUAUAACCCAUAUGUUAUAUUUUUUGAAACAUGUAUAUCUUAGCAUUUACAAUCAGGGUAAACACAUUUGGUCAUGUGCAACAGUUUAUUUCCCUAAUCAGGAACUUAAUGAAGUUAAUAAUCUUUCAAUUUUGGACAUAAUCAUCUCCACCACAGAAUGUAAUCUGUGUUCUCAGCAAAUUUCCCCAAAACUCUAGUUUAAUUUUUUGUAUGUCAUUUCCAUUCUAUUUCUUUCUUACUGCAAAAGUAUUGAAUCUGUUAAAAGAGAUGGGAAAUAUUGCUACUGACAGUAAAACUAUAUUUUAGGUAAAUGCAAUAUACUUAUCACAUCAGACUCCCGUGGGGUUUUACUUGGUUGUGUUAAUGUUAGCCUUUUCCAUAUUAGCUGCCUUUACUGGACUUCUCCAGCCUGUGACACACACAUCAUGGCAUACUCCGAUUAUGUGGUGCUGUUUCUGGAUUUUGGACGCACCAUCCUCCAUUGAACCCCAAAGUUUACUUACAAAGAACCAUGGAUAUGUUAGUCAAGUAUUUUAAAGUCCUAUGCCAAACACUGUAGGUUCAUUUGUGGUUGCUUGCAUGUUAUACAGUAUCCAUGGGUAGUUUGUUUUCAACGUAUAAAUGUGCAUUUCUUUAAAAAGACAGUUAUGAUCAAUAUUUUAAAAUAAAUACCCAUAGAGAUGGGGGGCUUAAUAUUUACUAGUUGGCUUGUUGCUACUGCUCCUUUGAAUUCAACAAUAGCUGCUUAAAGCAGAAAUAACAGGAGAUGCUAUUUUACACUAUGCCAUCCAAUAUCCUGAGAAAUUCCUCAUUUCCUAGAAUCUGUGGACUUUCUUUUCAAAGAGAAAGAAAGGAUUAUUUUAAUUCUAUUUUGACAGCUCUCUCAAUCUGUAUUUACAAAUUUUUUGCUAAAUAUGGUUUUGUAUCAGUAUUUCUUGCCUGUAUCACUUUGUUUUGUUUGUUAAGCAAAUAGAAACUGCAAUAUGUAGACCACUUACAGAAAAGUGAAGCAUACUUGGGAAAAUCAGAACUAAAAUUCUGAAUUAAGGUCUGUCAGUGUAGAAAUCACCUCAACCAGAAGCACAAAGGAAGUGGAGCUGGGCUGAACCACAAUCUCUGUAGUCACAGAGAAGAGAGAUGCACCCACUGGCCCUUCUGUGCUAUGACGGCUCUUGGUUCUAAUUAACUCCUUGGUAGGAAAGUUAGUGUGUGAAAUUCCAAAGUUUGCCCUCCCAAAAUUGACUGCUAGAAUCAGAUAGUUAAUAGGAAAGUUGACUGACUAGUAAUAACCUUAAGUUAUUUGGAAUAAACUCAAGAUUUUCCCUCUAAGGCUAUGACAGUAUCAAAGAUGACUGCUGACAUGGGAUGCUGCCACAGACAGGAGGACCUGCCAGACCCACCUUACUGAACAUUAAGGAAUUAGUUCAAAACUAAGUAGGUUCUGCAUUUGCAAUUCAUUUUUCAACAUUUAUCAAUAAUUCCAAGUUCAGUGAUUCUUUUUAAUUAUUUAGUAAAUCUUUCCCCCUCCUCUGGCAACCCUUAGCAUUACAUAGGUAAAUAUACUUAGCUUGCAUCUAAAAUACCACAAAAGGUUAGGCAACGCAGUCUAGAUUCAUGGCUUUGUGCUGUGUCACUGGCUUAUUUGAGUUUAGAGCAAAAGUAUAAUGUCUGUAAGGCUCAUCAGUGCUACUACGUGGGCAUAGAGUACCUAGUGUUAAGCCUCCUGGUAAUGAUUCUUCAUCUAGCCAAAGACCUUUGUAGGAGCCACCUAUUUCAAUAUCUGUGUCCCCCAUCUCUGGUAUUUUGUUUCUCCAGCUCUUCCCCAAAUAAAAAUAAAAACAACCAAGAAAUAGACUUAGGUGUCAAGUAUAAUCAGCGCACUGUGCUUAUGGAUCUCUGGGAGAGCUGUUACGACACUUACCUCAUCUCUGUAUCACAGAUAAGCUUUUUAGGCUGACUUACCCAUAUAAAUCUGAAUUAUAUUGAGGAAGGUCGCCUUCAAAGUGGAUGGAAUGACUAACCCCCCAUUAAAAUCACAGAUGUACCCAGGUAGGGUGGUGCAUGCCUGUAGUCUCUGCACCUUUUUUAGCUCUGCCUACACAACUGAGCAACUUAACAAGACACUCUCAAAAUAUGAAAAGAUCUAGGGAUUCACUUGGUGAAAAAGUCCUGGGUUCAACACCCAGCACUGCAAAAUAAAAAUACACAGACAAGCUUAGCAGUGACUCAGUAACUAAAGCUCCAAAUAUCAGUUCUAUAAUGUACAGGGUACCAUAUUGCAAGAAAACUAUUUUUAUUCAAUCUUCCAUUGACUAAGGAAAAUGAUUUUCAUUGUUUAAUGGGCAGGGAAUUGAUAGUUAUUAAAAUAAAACACUACUAUGCCCCAAAUCUAGACAAAGCACUAGAGAGAUUUUCAGCUUGCUCCUCUAGAGAGCUGUGCCUGAGGAAGGUAGGUUUUAUGUGAAUUUUUAUAUUCCUUUAAAAUGAGUUUUGUAAGCCAGCAAAGUAAAGGCUAAAAACUCUUAAACUUUAGAAAAAUCAUAAAUCUCUUUCUUCACCACUUACUAAUCCAUGCCAGCUAUAAAAUAUCCCAACAUUUAUCUUUCUUCAGCAUGCUUAAAUAUAGAAAGAUUCGUUUAUGAAUAUUUGGUAGGCACAUAAUCCACAAGAAUUUUCCAGCCUUUUUUUCUCUGUCUGUCCAUCAAAUAAUCUUGAUUCCCACCUUUUUAUAAAUGCAAUAUAAAUGCCCUGGGAAUAAGGAAAUAAAAACAUUUUUGUGAAAUGAUACACCAGGACAAAAGUACAAUGUGUUGUAUUUUAUUUCUGGUACAUUCACAUACUGUGGUUAGUUUUCUUUUUUUGGUUUUGAUUUUCAGAAACAUGAAAGAAUUCUUUUAUUUCCAGAAGAAUGAAAUUGGAUGUAGCCCCUUUAGUAGACUGUCACAGUUUUUUUGUUUGCUGUGUCUUCAUUUGCUUAAUGGAUUGUGUGAGAACAGUCACCAUAAUGCAGUGUGUGUGUUGGGGGUGGGGGGCUGGGCAUGGGAAAUGUUUUAUGGAAAAAAGUUAUAAGCCUAAUACUAUGAAGUAACAUCUAAUGAAGUUCUUUUUAAGUGCAAUAUAUUUAUUUCUGCUAGAAAUGUAUUAUCAACCUUAUGUAAUAUUUGAAGCAUUACAUGUUAUUUGUAAACAGCUUAAAAUUAUAUAUUACUCCAAAUUGUACAGAA